GAGGCCGUGCGCGGGCGCCUGAAGCGGGGCUAUCGGAAGGGCGGUACCUGCAGACGGUCAUGCGUGAGGCCCUCGCGCGGCUCAGAUGGCUGGGCCGGUUAAGGACCGCGAGGCUUUCCAGAGGCUCAGCUUCUUGUACCAGGCCGCCCACUGUGUCCUUGCACAGGACCCCAUGAACCAGGCGCUGGCGAGGUUUUAUUGUUACACGGAGAGGACCAUUGCAAAGCGGCUGGUCUUGCGGCGGGACCCCUCGGUGAAGAGGACCCUCUGUCGUGGCUGCUCUUCCCUCCUCAUCCCGGGCCUCACCUGCACCCAGCGCCAGAGACGCUGCAGGGGACAGCGCUGGACAGUACAGACUUGCCUAACAUGCCAACGCAGCCAACGUUUCCUCAAUGAUCCUGAUCAUCUACUCUGGGGAGACCGGCCUGAGGCCCAGCUGGGGAGCCAGGCAGUAAUCUACACAGAACAUGGGACUCAAACUUACAACCCCAAGAUCAAGAGUCACAUGCUGCUCAGACUGAGCAGGCCAGAGGCUAUCCAAGUUGUUCUAAUACCAUUAAUUUAAAAGCCUGUCUUUCCCCCAGAGAUUUGAGAUGUCACUUUACUGGCAUAACAUUGAUCAGAGUGACAAAAGUGCCAAAGUUUGUCAAAGCAGCUGUUAGUAAUGUUGUAGAGAAAUGGUCCCACCAUAGCAUUCCUGAUUGGAGGGCAAAAUGUUUAAUAGAAUCCCUAUAGAAUAGAAUUUAGUACCAUCUAAGAAAAUUACAUCUAUUAAUCACCCUUAGACUCAGAAACUUCAUUUCUAAUAAUCUACUCAGUAUAUAUUUCCACAGUGAACAUGCAUGAGCGUAUUCAUUUUGGCAUUAUUUGUUAUAACACUGGAAAUGACACAAUGUCCAUCAGUAUGAGACCAAAUAAACUAGUACAUCUAG